AUGCCUCCUAAGUUCGAUCCUAACGAAAUUAAAAUCGUUAACUUGAGAUGUGUUGGUGGAGAAGUUGGAGCUACAUCAUCACUGGCUCCUAAAAUUGGUCCCUUGGGUCUCUCCCCCAAAAAGGUUGGUGAUGAUAUCGCAAAGGCUACUGGAGACUGGAAAGGACUGAAAAUUACAGUACAACUGAUUGUACAAAACAGACAAGCGCAGAUCUCUGUUGUUCCUUCUGCAGCAGCUCUCAUCAUCAGAGCUCUUAAAGAACCUCCCCGUGAUCGUAAAAAGCAAAAGAAUGUUAAACACAAUGGCAAUAUUACAUUAGAAGAUGUUAUUGGUAUUGCUAAAAUAAUGAGACCUAGAUCAAUGGCAAGAUAUCUCUCUGGUACAGUGAAAGAGAUUCUUGGAACAGCCCAGUCCGUUGGUUGCACUGUUGAAGGCAGACCGCCCCAUGAUCUUAUUGCAGACAUCAACAGUGGUGCACUAACUAUUGAUGAA